AUGGAGCCGAAACGCACUACUCUAUCCUCCCGUCUUCGGCGUCGCCGACUGCUUAUUGCGGUUCUCGUUCUCCUCGGAGUCGUUUAUUUGUUUGGUUUCCCCAGUUUCGCGCUGGAUGCAUUCGACCUCGACCUUGAUUUCCCCGUCAACCGGGCCAACAUCGCACAGCUUGUGCGCUCGAAAACGAAGAACGUACAAGUCCAAGUACCAGAGAUAUAUGGCCUUUUGCAUCUCGUCACGUCUGCUGACACUGAAGACCAACAUAUCAUGGCGGGCACAUUCGACCCCACAAAACCUGUCGACAUGCAGGUGUAUGCCUCGGGAAAGACCAAUCUGGACUGGGCACAACGCAAGCGGGAGAUCGACGAGCAGUUCCCGUUGGUUGUCUUUAGCAAGACUUACUGCCCCUUCUCCAAACGCGCCAAAGCGCUCCUCGAAACCUAUCACCUCACACCGCCUCCAAAAGUGAUAGAAGUCGACCUUCGUGACGAUGCUGAACACAUUAAACAACUGCUCACACGACUCACGCAGCACUCAACUUUCCCCAACGUUAUCCUUCUUGGGGACUCUCUUGGCGGGUCGGACCAGUUACAGGCACUUCACAAGGACGGCAGGCAACUACGAAACAUGCUGCAAACUGCUGGUAUCGGGGUAGGAAAUACAGAUGCGUAG